CAAUUUUGUGCCUGAUCAAAAUUCCUUGCCGAUAACCGUCAGUGGCUGAGAGCGUUGACAGCUGAACAUUUAGUCCUCUGCUCUACACCGACUGCCAUCGCCAAAAUGUUUGAGGAAGCCAGUGAAGUGUUUGACAACAUGUUUAAAUCUUCGUUUCCCCUCACCUUCAUAGUGUUUAUACCGGCGGUGCUGAUCCUGGUGUCCCCGCUCCCGGCCGAGGCGGCUCAUGAGUUCACGGUGUACCGCAUGCAGCAGUACGACCUCCAGGGACAGCCGUACGGUACCAGGAAUGCCAUCCUGAAUACAGAGGCGCGUACUGUGGAGGCGGAGGUACUAAGUCGUCGCUGUGUCAUCAUGCGUUUGGCAGAUUUCUCCUACGACAAGUACCAGAAAGCCUUGCGCCAGUCGGCAGGGGCUGUGGUCAUCAUCCUGCCCAAGAACAUGUCCGCCAUGCCGCAGGACAUAGUACAGCAGUUCAUGGAGCUGGAGCCAGAAAUGCUGGCCACCGAGACCAUCGUCCCCGUCUACUUUGCCGAGGAGGACGAUGAGCUGCUGUCCAUCUACACCCAAACGCUCACGUCUUCAUCCUCUCAGGGCUCCUUAUCUGCAGCUGAAGUACUGCUGCACACAGCCACAGCUAAUGGUUUUCAAAUGGUGACCAGUGGAGCUCAGAGCAAAGCCAUCAGUGACUGGGCUAUUACCAGUUUGGAGGGCCGUCUGACUGGAGUUGGAGGGGAGGACCUGCCCACUAUCGUGGUGGUGGCUCAUUAUGAUACUUUUGGUGUUGCUCCAUGGCUGUCGUAUGGCGCAGACUCAAACGGCAGCGGUGUGUCCAUGUUGUUGGAGCUGGCUCGUCUCUUCUCAAAGCUCUACACUUAUAAGAGGACGCACGCUGCGUACAACCUGCUGUUCUUCGUGUCUGGUGGAGGGAAGUUUAACUACCAGGGUACCAAGCGAUGGCUGGAGGACAACUUGGACCACACAGACUCCAGUUUGCUGCAGGAUAAUGUAGCCUUUGUGUUGUGCCUGGACACUCUGGGGAACGGGGACUCUCUCUACCUUCAUGUGUCCAAACCACCAAAAGAGGGAACUCCUCAGUAUUUUCUUCUCAAAGAACUGGAGACGGUGGUUGCAAGUCAACACCCUGAAGUAAAGUUCUCCAUGGUCCACAAGAAAAUCAACCUGGCCGAUGAUAUGCUGGCCUGGGAGCACGAGCGUUUCGGGAUCCGCCGGCUGCCAGCCUUCACUCUGUCCCAUCUGCCCUCACACCGCUCGGCUCAGCGCUCCAGCAUCAUGGACGUGCGGUCAGUGUCCCCCUCCUCUCGCCAUGGAGCGGGAGAUCCCCCUGCUGGACCUCAUGUAGAUGUCAGCAAGCUCAGCAGGAACGCCAAAGUGGUCGCUGAGGCCCUGGCGAGGGUCAUCUACAACCUCACAGAAAAAGGAGCUCCUGGAGACCUCCAGAUUUUCACAGAACAAAUGCAGGUCCAGGAGGAGCAUCUGUCAGCUGUAGUCAACUGGCUCACAGCGCAGCCUCGAGCUGCUCAGCUGGUGGACAAAGAUAGCAGCGUUGUCUCCACGCUGGAGUAUCACCUUAGCCGUUACCUCAAGGAUGUCAAAAGGCACUACGUCAAAGCUGACAAAAGGGAUCCAGAGUUUGUUUUCUAUGAUCAGCUGAAGCAGACUAUGAAUGCUUACAGAGUGAAGCCAGCUAUUUUUGACCUGCUGCUGGCUCUCUGCAUUGCAGCCUACUUAGGGAUGAUGUAUUUGGCCAUCCAGAACUUUGGGCUCCUUUACAGCGUUGUCAGAAGAAUCACUCAGCCCAAAGCCAAGGUCCACUGAGGCUUCCUGUUUUCAAGUCCUUACCAUACCUCCUUCCUCAAACCAGACACUAGUCGGUAAGAACGCAGAAGCUGGACCGAACUGCUGUUCUGAUCAGGACCAGAAACAUCACUUCCAUUUUCUUCACCCAGAUGCACAAACUAUGAUGUCAGAUCCUGUCUUGCUGCAGACUUUUUAUUGGUCUCACCGACCACGAUAUUCAGGAGUUGUCUUUUGAGAUGUUAAUGGUUUGGUGUAUUUUCUGUGUUGAUCCUUUUUAUUUUUCCACCUCUCGAUACUCUUUGAGCCGGACUGAUGUGUCGUGUUAGGCAGCUAGAAACUGUUCACAGUUAAGUCUUGAGUUUUCUUUUGCAAGAAAUGUGACCACAGGCCUGUUAAAGAUGCAAUUUUUUUCUAAUUUCUUUCAGUGCUGAUCUUGCGAACGCUUAAGAGAUGUUCUCCAAAAUGUCCCCUUUUUCCCCCCAAGACUUAUCAAAUUUGUAUCAAAAGGGUCAAUUACUAAGCAUUUAAUCAGUCAAAUCCAACAUGAGAUGCAUUGCCUUUAAUGUUUUGUGCCAAUUUAACCUGCAUCGUUAGCUGGUAACAGUCACUUCUCAUUUCAGCCCUGGAUUUUUGUGAAUGUAGUUCUGCUAGAAACGGAGCUGAGCUUGAACAAAAGAAACGAUCAAGAUAAUCAAGAAGAUAUUCAAAAAUGUUUUUAGCUUGUGAAUGGCUUUGAAAAACUAACAAAAAACUCAGACAUGCUGUUUACAGAAAAUAGAAAUGAUUUUGGAUCUUUUGUUGUUCCCUACUACUAUAUGUGCAAGUCUCUACAAAUAAACCAAUUGUGCAUUUCUUUCUUUAUUCUGCCAAAAAUCAAAAUUUUUCUCAUGUUUCAAUGGGAUUUCUAUGAUUUAAUUUUGCUUCUUGAAUAUUUUCCUCCCUUGAUUAAAGGGUGAUCUUUGUUCAGUCAUGUGAUGGCAGGUAACGGUAAAAUCAUGUUUUCUUACCAUAUCAGAGCAUGCCUGUGGUUGGAGUAACAGUACACACAACUCCUAAAUCACAUUUAUCAGCUGUAAAUAAUUAUUUGAUUAUUUGAAGUUUAACUUUAUUUCAAACCUGAGGGGUAUUAAAAACACUGAACGUUUUACAAAAUGGGCAGUAACCAGAUAAAUGCCCUAAAUAGUUAAUUCUACAGUGUUGCCUUUUCUGGUUUUGAGUGUUUAUCUGCUUUUUUUUUUUUUUUUUUUUCCUGUUUUCUUUGAGUUAUUGCAUGAACCAUGGUAACAAUUACAGGACUUUUUAUUUACGAACAGAUGGGAAAACUGUGGUACAAGUAAAAUCUAAUUUAUUGGAGCGGAUUGUUUUGUUUGUGCACUGAAAUGAACUUUCCUGUCCUCUGCAGCUUGGUUCCGCACAUCUGUGGCACUUGAUCUUUGCAAUGAAAAAUUGUUGUGAUUUAAAAAUAAAUGGAAAAUGGGA